ACCACAAAUUCUCAUUUCUUCAAGAAUUUUUGAUAAAUAAGACAGAGAACUUGAGAGAUGAAAAGAAAAAAACACAAAACCUGGUGUUUUUUCUCUCGUCGUCGUUUGGUCGUGUCCUAAGACAAGAACCGGCGAACGAAGAACAAACUUUUUGAAUCUAACAUCCGAAAGAAAGAGAGAAAAUGUCGUUUACAGGAACAUUGGAUAAAUGCAAGGCCUGUGACAAAACCGUGUACGUGAUGGAUUUGUUAACAUUAGAGGGUAAUACUUAUCACAAAUCAUGUUUCAGAUGCACCCAUUGCAAAGGCACUCUCGUGGUAUUUCUCUUUUCUUCUUCUUCCUCCAUUGUUACUCUGUUUUUCGACAAUGCUUCAUUGUUUUAAAAGACCACAUCUUUUCUUAACACAGAUAAGCAAUUACUCAUCAAUGGAUGGAGUUCUUUACUGUAAGCCACACUUCGAACAGCUUUUCAAAGAAUCUGGCAAUUACAGCAAGAAUUUUCAGGCAGGAAAGACCGAGAAGCCCAAUGAUCAUCUGACUCGAACUCCAAGCAAGUUAUCAUCAUUCUUCAGUGGAACACAAGACAAAUGUGCGACUUGUAAGAAGACGGUUUACCCACUUGAGAAAGUAACAAUGGAAGGAGAAAGUUACCACAAGACUUGCUUCAGGUGCACACACAGUGGUUGUCCUUUGACUCACUCUUCUUACGCUUCUCUUAAUGGCGUCCUCUACUGUAAAGUCCACUUCAAUCAGCUCUUUCUCGAGAAAGGCAGUUACAAUCACGUCCAUCAAGCCGCUGCUAACCACCGUCGAUCCGCCUCUUCUGGUGGCGCUUCUCCUCCUUCUGAUGAUCACAAACCUGACGACACCGCCUCAAUUCCCGAAGCAAAAGAAGAUGACGCUGCCCCUGAAGCUGCAGGAGAAGAGGAGCCUGAGCCGGUCGUUGAGUCUUGAAAAUGUCGUGGAGGAAUGAUCUUAUCAGUUCUCAAGUUUGAAGUUUUUAUAUGCGUUUCUGUUUAAUGAAUAUAUAAAUACAAAUUGUUGUUGUUUCUUCUUGUAAAUUCUUGUAAAGUUUUAAAGCUCUUUUUGGAGAGAAUCUGUUGUAAACAAAAUCUUUAACAUCCAAUUUUUUUUGAAGAGGAUAUUUUUAACCUUUAGUUUUAAAA